GUCGGGACCACCCCUCGUGUUGAUCACUUUCUGGCAGUCUGGGGAGCACUGCACGUCAAUUGGAGUCAGGUCUCUGCAGUCAGGGAUUCAGGGAUUCUCGUCCUUUGUGUCUCAGCACGCAUCGGACAGCCAGCUCCAAAUCUUCCCUGCACACACUCCCUGAACAACACUCUUCGACAAACACUCUCCGACACUCUUCGGUCCUUACCAAGCCCAUCAGGCCUGGCUAGCAGAGUCAGGUUCAUUUGAUCUGAUCGCCGUUUUCCCGCCACGGGUCCCAACGGCCCGCAUCUCCCUAUCGCGAUCCAAAGCAACAGAAGAUUGUAGGAGAAGAUGCGCAUGUCGACAUAGUACCUGACCAGGGCGACCAUGUUCACCUUCUGCCCCCUCCAGGGGGCUCUCUCAGAGUCCACCACCUCCCAGUCGUUGCUGGAGCUGGACGGAGGUGUCAAGGUCCUCAUCGACGUCGGCUGGGACGAGUCCUUCGACGUCGAGAAGCUCAAGGAGCUCGAGAAGCAAGUCCCUACGCUAUCCUUGAUCCUCCUUACACACGCGACGGUCUCCCACCUUGCGGCCUUUGCCCAUUGCUGCAAGAACUUUCCACUGUUCACACGGAUCCCCGUCUAUGCCACCAGGCCAGUCAUCGAUCUCGGGAGAACACUGCUGCAGGACUUGUACGCAUCAACUCCAGCAGCCGCCACGACUAUCAACCAUGGCUCCCUUGCCGAGACCUCGUAUGCCUACACCCAGCCAGCGUCUCCCAACGACAACUUCCUGCGCCAGGCCCCAACCUCUGAAGAGAUUGCCCGUUACUUCUCCCUCGUCCAGCCCCUGAAAUACUCGCAACCCCACCAGCCCCUUCCGUCUCCCUUCUCGCCCCCGCUCAACGGCCUGACCAUUACCGCCUACAACUCUGGACACACGCUUGGUGGCACUAUAUGGCACAUUCAGCAUGGAUUGGAGUCGAUUGUCUAUGCUGUCGACUGGAACCAGGCGCGAGAGAACGUGUUUGCGGGCGCGGCGUGGCUAGGAGGCGGGCACGGAGGAGCCGAGGUCAUCGAGCAGCUGCGCAAGCCCACCGCGCUUGUAUGCAGUAGCAGAACACCAACAUCACUGGCUCGCACAAAACGAGACGAGCAACUGCUUGAUAACAUCCGCGCAUGCGUUGCCAAAGGCGGCACGGUCCUGAUCCCGGUCGACUCCAGCGCCAGAGUUCUUGAAUUGUCGUACCUCAUGGAACACGCGUGGCGUGAGGAAGCGACCAAGGGGAAGGAUGUCACGGGCAGCCUUAGUGGCGCCCAUCUAUAUCUUGCAGCCAGGAACAUCAGCAGCACCCUGCGCCAUGCUAGGAGCAUGUUCGAGUGGAUGGAUGAGAGCAUCGUGCGCGAGUUCGAGGCCGUCGCUGACGGCUCCAAAAACGUCAAUGGUGACGGAAACAAGGGUAAAAGCUCGGGCCCAUUCGAUUUUAAGCACCUGAAACUGCUGGAGCGGAAGACACAGGUCGAGCGUCUUCUUCGCAGGUCGACCGAGGAGGGUUGGACACGGGGCAUGGUUGUUCUCGCGAGCGACCGGAGCAUGGAAUGGGGCUUCUCGAAAGAUGUCCUCAGAUCCAUUGCCCGGGACCCGAAGAACCUUGUUGUUCUUACCGAGAAACCAAACCUCGGCCUACUGGACACGCCGUCGAUAUCCAGGACUCUGUGGGAGUGGUGGAAAGAGCGUCGGGAUGGUGUCGCGGCGGAACAGCUGAGCAGCGGGGAGACUGCUGAGCAGGUUUACGGGGGAGGGAGGGAGCUAGAGAUCACCGAGGCACAACGGGUACCUCUCGAAGGCAACGAUCUUACAAUUUACCAGCAGUGGCUUGCUACACAGAGGCAAUUACAGGCCACACUUCAGACCGGUGGAGUAACCGCCCUCGAGACAGUUGGGGAUGGCGUUGACGAUGCCUCAUCCGAAUCAUCCACGGAAUCAGAAGAAUCAGAGACUGAACAGCAAGGCAGAGCUCUGAACGUGUCGACGACUAUGGGACAAGCAAGCCGGAAGAAGGUGGUUUUGAAGGACGAAGACCUGGGUAUCAACGUGCUGGUCAAGAAGACGGGCGUACAUGACUACGAUGUACGUGGGAAGCGAGGCAGGGAGCGAAUAUUCCCCAUUCCCGUGCGAAGGAAACGGGCCGACGAGUUUGGCGAUCUUAUACGACCAGAAGACUUCCUCAAAGCAGAAGAGCGGGAGGACGACGGGCAGGAACAAGGAGCUGUGAAGAAGGAGGAAACCGAGGGCAUUGGCAAGAAGCGAAAGUGGGACGACCUUGGCAAGAAGACCAACGCCAACAACAAGAGGCCACAGCCGAACAGAGCUGGAUCUGACGACGUGCCUAUGACCGCCCCUUCAGAGGGUUCGACAGCUGUGGACGAGGAGCUCGAUGGCGGAGAAGAGGAAGAGGCGCCUAACCUGGGCCCAUCAAAACUGGUCGUCACGAAAGAGAUCAUCCCUAUCAAUCUCCGCAUCGCGUUCGUUGACUUCAGCGGCCUGCAUGACAAGCGAUCCCUCAGCAUGCUUAUCCCUCUGAUUGAGCCACGGAAGCUCAUCCUAGUGUCAGGCAGCGAGGAGGAGACGAUGGCUCUCGCGGCCGACUGCAAAAAGCUCCUGGGCGCCGAGAUCACCACCGCCGACAACGGCACAACGACGGCCGAGGUGCUGACGCCAGGGGUGGGCGUGCCGGUCGAUGCCAGUGUAGACACGAAUGCGUGGGUUGUCAAACUUGCCGAACCACUUGUCAAACGCCUCAAAUGGCAAAACGUUCGUGGCCUGGGGAUCGUCACCGUCACGGCGCGGCUACUGGGCGCGGAAGGCAACGCCGACACACACCCGCACCUGCCCGGGGCGGCAGAAGAAGAAGCGGCGCACAAGCGGCUCAAGACCGAGGGCGAGGCUGAAGCCGGAGAAGGGCCCGACGGGAAAGCAUUGGUGCCGGCGGUGCCAGUGGUGCCGACUUUGGAUGUGCUGCCAACAACAAUGGCGUCGGCAUCGCGGUCGGUGGCGCAGCCGCUACACGUCGGCGACUUGCGGCUCGCGGACUUGCGGCGGGCGAUGCAGACGGCGGGCCACACGGCGGAGUUCCGGGGCGAGGGCACGCUGCUCAUCGACGGGGCGGUCGCGGUGAGGAAGAGCGCGACGGGGCGUAUCGAGGUGGAGAGCAUCUGCGUGCCGGCAGCCGCCGGGGCACCGCAGCAGGGUGGCACGUUCUGGGCGGUUAAGAAGAUGAUCUACGACGGCCUGGCUGUGGUGGCCGGGGCAUAGAUACCCUAGGUAAAACGGUGCUUCUGACCGGGCAGUGGCUUGUUGGCAAGGAUGACAACUCCGUUCCGGGCGACGGAGGGGUGGGAAGCAAGGGGUUUACAGGUUGUUGUUGUGUGACUAUUCUGUAUUCUGAGCGGGCUCGUGUGGGCAUCGCAAUGCCGGCUGGACGGUGGCGAUGUACCUGGGAUGCUCAUCACCUUUCAACACCACAGGCAUGCCUAGGGAUUUGCAGCUCCAGAACGUGGCAUUCACCAAUGAAGCAAAUGACCCAUCCGUCAUCUCAUUUGAAAGAAGAGGGCCCGGGGCGGGGGGGGAAGGAAGAGGCAGCCCAGCACUUUCGAUACGGCCGAACGGUAAUUACCAUCCAAGUCCUGACACCACAAAGCAAUCUCACGCGCAACUCACUCUCUACUCCGCCUCAACUAUUAUUUCGUCGUGGAAAUAAAGGCACGCGGCUCCGUGACCCGACCAGGGUAAUUAAGCGUGACUAAAGAUGUCCCUGUCAGGUUUGAUCAACUGCCCAUCUCGUUGGUGGCCUUGGCGGGGGCGGGUCCCCGGAGCCACGAGAUUUGGGUUGUCUGGUUGUUGGGUUGUUGUCUCGUUGCUCCCCUUUUCCCUCUCUUUGAUGAAUUGUGGGGCUUCCACCCUCGCUGCCCACUGCUGGCACCCGUUGCGUGCGCCGCGCCGGGACUCGGGCUGGUGAGGCGGAUGCGCUGCCAGGGUCUUGGGGGUCUUGCUUGCUUUGCCAACAUGCUACAUAGUAUAAUAUGCUAUGGUGCGUUCUUAUGCGUGGUGCCCGUACAUCAGGCGGGCGUCGAUACUGUGGCAACAGUGUUUGUGUGUAUACUCGUCUGUAUUUGGUCGUUCAAAGGCAUACUCCUCACAGGGGUCCCAUAUAGCCAGCCCAUGAGUGGACUAAUGACUGAUCGACUGCGGGAUUGAAGGGAAGGCAAAAGGAAAAGGAGUAGGAAGUGGAAAGGGUCACCCCCUUCCUGGGACAUGGCUCGCUGUCAUGUCGUUUCAAGUGCAGAUCAAGGUCGUCUUUUUCUUCUUCUUCUUCUUCUUCUUCUUCUCUUUCUUUCUUUGUUUAUGUAGUGAAGUUCAGGGUGAGAGGGCGAGGAGGGCUGGCAGAUGGCUGGCUGGCUGGCUGGCUGGAUGAUCCGACGCUGUGACCUCAUUCACGCCCGGUUUGACAUGUGGCCUUCUGGUCUCAGGCCUCUCUCUCGGUUCCUCGCCUCUCACCUGCUUUCUCACCUGCUUAUUAUUACCGUUGGGAGAUUGAUUAGGGGUGGUGGUGGUGAUCGUCGACAGGGGGGCCCGUAUGUGGCACUACCCACUAUUUAUGUAUGUACUCCGUACUGUACCCCGUACCUGGCAGCCCUAGCAGGGUGGCACUGGGGCAGGCUGGGCAGGCUGACAGUGACAGGUCUGCCUGCAUGUUUUU